AUGACCUUUCUGUUCGCUCGCGCACCGUCAAUACGAAUCGCCCCCAUUUCAACUGCCCGCUCUAUCUCCCAUUCUGUAUCAGUUUCAAAAGCACUCCCAUUCUAUCUCAACAAUUUGCGCUCAACAGAGCAAAAUGACGGCAAGGUCUUGCGUAUGCUCAUGUUCGGUAAACCCGGUGCUGGCAAGGGAACACUCUCAGCCCGCCUCGUGAAGAAGUAUGACAUACUGUCCCUUUCCACUGGAGACCUUUUGCGGCAGCACAUCGCAGAGAGAACUGAAGUUGGCAGACAGGCAGAAGAAAUUGUUGCACAGGGAAACUUACUUCCUGAUGACGUCAUGCUAAAAGUUGUCGCAAGUAAACUUGAGUCACUCAACAACAGGCAUUGGAUUUUGGAUGGUUUUCCACGAACGUUAGGUCAAGGUAAACUGCUUGACGCCCAUCUCCAGAUCCAGAAUACCCCAUUAAGUCUUGUAGUCAACUUGGAUGUCGCAGAUAAUGUAAUCCUGAGUCGGAUAUCUGACCGCUGGGUUCAUUUGCCAUCUGGCCGCGUGUACAACAUGUCAUACAACCGACCCAAAGUGGAUGGCUUCGAUGACGAGACAGGUGAACCCUUGACGAGGCGCCCUGAUGAUAACCCCGUACGAGGUUUUCUCUCGCCGUCUCAAGCAAGUUUUAUGAUUCCUACGUCGCCCCUGCUCGCAUAUUACGCAUCGCCGGCUAACAAGUCGGCACGACUUGUUGCUUUGCAAGGUGAGACGUCGGACGAGAUUUGGCCUCAGCUAGACGCCGUUGUGCGGAGGUUGUUCCCCGGCAUCCGGGAGCGCGCUUCAAGUAUUGCCCAGCGGCGGUAUAGUCUCAGUGACCCAUUUACAAUGGAGCAAGAAAAGCGAGCGAUCAAGCGAGCAGCGGCUGUUGAUGGGUCUAAUCCAUCUAAUUUUUUGAAUUAG